CUUGAUCAACAUGUAUUGAGAGAAGAAGAGAAGGCAAGAUGGAAAACAAGAGAUCAUCCUCUAAAGCCACAACCACUACCACAAUCCUUCUCCUCAUCCUCCUUUCCUCCUCAACUACAAGUCAAGCAAUGAAGAGAAAAAUAAGACUAAACCAGCCAUGCAAGACCUUACUGUUAUACUUCCAUGACAUCAUUUACAAUGGCCGGAACAUAGCCAAUGCCACAUCAGCCAUAGUCGGAGCUCCGGUGUGGGCCAACCGGACUACGCUUGGCGAUUUCAUGCACUUUGGCGAUGUCAUCGUUUUCGAUGAUCCUAUAACUAUGGAUAACAACUUGCAUUCAGAGACAAUAGGGCGAGCACAAGGACUGUAUUUGUAUGAUAAGAAGCAAGUGUAUAGUUCAUGGUUUGGUUUUUCAUUUGUGUUGAAUUCUAGUGAUUAUAAGGGGACAAUAAAUUUUAUUGGAGCUGAUCCGUUGAUGGAGAAGACAAGGGAUGUGUCUGUGGUUGGUGGGACUGGGGACUUCUUCAUGAGCCGGGGAGUGGCUACACUCACUACUGAUGCCGUUCAAGGGGAUGACUAUUUCAGGCUCGAAUGUUAUUGAUUUUUAUAAUUAUUUGAGUCAUGUUAAUUUGUCUUUAUUUAUUUUUUAUUUUUUAUAUCUUCAGUUGAUUUGAGUUCACUUGUUUCACUUUCAACUUCCAACCAAUUAGCAUUGAAGUUCAUCUGUCUUUUA